UUCAUUCCGUUCAGUACGCGGUACGCGUGAAUGGUUUAUCAAUAUUUUUAGUCAUUUUGUGAUUGUUUUCGAGUUUGUUUAACAUAUUUUGUCUUCGUGUAACUUCCACACGAUUUGUUUUGAUUCUGGUUUUUGUGGUGGUGGUUUCGAACACGUAUAUGUUUGUAUUUUCAUAAUGAUAUCUCUUCGUGCCGUAUCUAUUGCAAGAAGCAUGACCCGAUCCGCUUUGUGUUCAUCUGCAUGCACCCAACAAUACAUAAGAAAGUCUCCAAGUCAGCAGAAAAGAGUAUUUUCAUUAAAUUCAAUGAACAUGGUCGACCCAAGGAGAGUUGUGAGUUUCAAUGAUAUAUCCAAGUACACACAGCAAUCGGACAAGGUAAUCAUUGAUGUCCGUAAUCCUGAUGAGGUCGCUAGCACUGGAAAAAUACCAUCAAGCAUCAAUAUUCCAUUGGACAAUGUUGAGCCUGCAUUAAAAUUGAUGUCAGAUGAGCAGUUCAGGCAGCAUUAUCAACGUAAUAAACCCCAGCCUUCCAGUGAAUUAAUAUUUUAUUGUAAAUCAGGUAGACGGGCUUGUCAAGCUCUAGACACAGCACUUCAACUUGGGUAUUCAAAUUCAAAAACUUAUGUUGGAAGCUGGGACGAGUGGUCAAGCAAAUCAGGACAAAAAUGAGGGAUAAAUUGCUAUGAUGGGUUGUCAAGCUGUCUAUCCUGCUUGUUGAUUGCUGGCCCAGUCAUUCCAACUGCCUAAAUAAUUCCUUGUACUGAAAAAAAAAGAAAAAAUAACUGCACUGGGGUAUAUAAUUUACCUAUGUCAUUGUUUUAAGUUUAACCUGUUGUCAGUGUUUAAUAAUGAUCCUAAUCGAAUUUUAGUCAUCUUAUUGCAUUUUAUACAAGAAUGAUUUGCUCUAUACAGCUCAAACAAGGUCAACACAAAUUCUACUUCUUCCUCGUUUCCUCUCCAUUCUGCACGAUUUGCCUUCCUAAUAAUAGGCACCAUAGGAUAAAGGGAGCAAGGCAUUGACGUAUAUGUCUUGGGGCAAGGUUAACCUUUCGAGACCCGGACAAAUAUAGCGACAUUCCGUCAUUGGUUCUUGAAGCUGGCUACCCAGGGAGCCCACAGGUCUCGAAAGGUUAAUCAGUUAUGGUGUACAACUUAAUUAAUUUAUGAUUUAAAGCUAACAUGAUCAUAGGCCGUGGCCAGUAGAUGUAUUAGACUGCACAAUGAUAAAAACUUACUUUUUAUACCCUGCACUGAUAGCUUCCUGCUGAGCCUUGCCAGACCUCUUUCCAAUCAUGCAAUAAAAUAUUAUCUCAGUGUUUGCAGAUGGCUUCUGUCUAUUGAAAGUCUUCUGGAACUGUUUGUCUGACAUUUCACCAAGCACUUGUGGAACUGUACCCACUGGAAGAUGAAAGAAGCAUAAUGGAUAGGUUGUCUGGAAGAGAUCGCUCUUUAGGGAUAAGACCGCCUGUUGCCUGCCUCUAUCACUAAUCAAUUGUUUUUCGUUAAGCUGUAUCUUUUACUCAGGUGUGUCAAUAAAGAGUAUUAUAUCUAAUGGACAGUUUUUAUAGUAUUUUGUAACAUAGAAUUCCAUGGGAUAUUCCAUACAAAUACAUUUUUAUCAGGUUUUAUUUUUCACACACAAUGGUAGACAAAUUUGUGGAAUGCUCCAUUAAUACAAAAAUAGCAAUUUUGAUUGUGUAUUAAACCUUUAAAUUUAAAACCAAUAUGGUAAAACCAGUAGCCAUUCUUGAUUGAUAACUAAAAUAACUUAACCUAAGUGUAUUUUUACCAAUGUAAUUAUCUUAAGAUAAAGUGAUAUACAUAUAAUGUAAAGCGAUUAAUUGAACUGUUUGAUGUGUAAAUAUGUUAUACAUAUUUAUAAAUAAACGAAAUGAAAUGAAAUAAAAAACUCACAAGGUA